AUGCCUGGCGACGUAGAUGACGAGAUUUGUCAAAGGGCGCUGGAACUCCUGACAGACCUUUGUUCCAGGGGGGAAGUGCAGAACGACAACUGCUUGGAUUUCAUUUACUAUUUCCGGGACCUCGCCAGGCCACGCUACGCCGACUCAGAUGUAUCAGUGAGCCUGCUGUCGCUGGUGGUAACUGCCUGUGGCUUGGCUCUCUUUGGAGUCUCCCUCUUUGUCUCCUGGAAGCUUUGCUGGAUACCAUGGAGGGAACGGGGGCCCUCUCCCAGCACCAAGGAGCCCCACGGCCACCUCAACCCAACCACAAGUCCCCUGCCCUCCCAACCUCAACCUCGGCAGCCUGUUUACACAGCUGUGGACCCCCCUAUUCACAGCCGCCGUGAGUCCUUACAAUGCUCCAUUGCCAGAGAGCCCACUCCUGUAGCGUCAGUGAUGUCCGUGGAGGCUCCAGUAACACCUGUAUCCCCACCGCCCGUGGUCCUGGCCACGCCUGAGGCCGCCAUGAAGAUAAGUCACACGUCUCCAGACAUUUCUCUAGAUGCUCAGACAAAAAGCCAGGAGAAUGGGAUUCACACUAACCCUCGUAUGCAAAGACAGACCACUGCACCCCCACCGUCUGGCCGUUCGAUGUCUGAAAUUGGACAUGGUUCCAUCCGCAGACACAUGAACCUGUCCAAUCCAGAUUUCAACAUGGCACAGUUUCAGAGGCAGGACUCUCUUACAGGAAUGGGGCUUGGCCUCGGCCGCCUCAAACCUGAGCUCUACAAACAGCGCUCACUGGAGGGCGAUGAAGGGGGUCGAAGAAACGGAACCUGUGGACGUUUGCACUUCAUACUCAGAUUUGAUUGUGACCAGGAACAGCUAAUAGUCAAGAUCCACAAAGCUGAGGAUCUUCCAGCCAAGGACUUCUCUGGUACUUCCGACCCUUAUGUCAAGAUUUACCUGUUGCCUGAUCGCAAGACCAAGCACCAGACCAAGGUGCACCGUAAAACGUUGAAUCCUGUGUUCGAUGAGGUCUUCCUGUUUCCUGUGGCCUACUCUGAGCUGCCAACACGUAAAUUGCACUUCAGCAUCUACGACUUUGACCGUUUUUCACGUCAUGACAUCAUUGGCCAGGUGGUGGUGGACAACUUCCUGGAUCUGGUGGACUUCCCGCGAGAGACAAAACUCUGCCGAGACAUCCAGUACGUCUCUUCGGAUAAUGUGGAUCUUGGGGAUUUGAUGUUCUCCCUGUGUUACCUGCCCACCGCGGGCAGGUUGACCAUCACCAUGAUCAAGGCCCGUAACCUCAAGGCCAUGGACAUCACGGGGGCUUCUGACCCGUACGUGAAGGUUUCCCUGAUGUGCGACGGCCGCAGACUGAAGAAGAGGAAGACGUCGACCAAGAGGAACACGCUGAAUCCGGUCUAUAAUGAAGCCAUCGUUUUUGACGUUCCCCCUGAAAACAUUGACCAGGUCAGCCUGAUGAUCGCAGUCAUGGACUAUGACCGCGUAGGCCAUAAUGAAGUCAUCGGUGUGUGCCGGGUGGGCAGUGACGCAGACAACCUGGGCCGAGACCACUGGAGUGAAAUGCUGACAUAUCCCCGGAAACCGGUCGCCCACUGGCAUCCUCUUGUUGAGGUGAAGACGGGAGUGUCUGCCCUGAGCUUUUGGGAUAAUGUGGAUCUUGGGGAUUUGAUGUUCUCCCUGUGUUACCUGCCCACCGCGGGCAGGUUGACCAUCACCAUGAUCAAGGCCCGUAACCUCAAGGCCAUGGACAUCACGGGGGCUUCUGACCCACUGAAGAAGAGGAAGACGUCGACCAAGAGGAACACGCUGAAUCCGGUCUAUAAUGAAGCCAUCGUUUUUGACGUUCCCCCUGAAAACAUUGACCAGGUCAGCCUGAUGAUCGCAGUCAUGGACUAUGACCGGUAA